UCAACAGGUCUGAUCAAUAAAUAUGAGGUCAAUGGACUACAAGCAUGGAUUAUUACCCACAUGCUCUGGUUUGCCAAUGCCAACUAUUUUCACUGGUUUUCUCCCACAAUCCUAUUUGAUCAUUGGAUUCCUCUGUUGUGGUGUGCCAACAUCCUGGGCUAUACUGUGGCAACAUUGGCUAUGAUGAAGGCAUACUUCUUUCCCAGUAACGCAAAUGACUGCAAGUUCACUGGAAAUUUCUUCUACGAUUACAUGAUGGGAAUUGAGUUUAAUCCACGGAUAGGAGCAUGGUUUGACUUCAAGCUAUUCUUUAAUGGUCGUCCUGGUAUUGUGGCAUGGACUAUCAUUAACCUUUCCUUUGCUGCCAAGCAGCAAGAGCUGUACGGUCAAGUGACAAAUUCCAUGAUCUUGGUGAAUGUGCUGCAG